AAGAAGGAGAAGUGAAAAUGUCAACUGGAAUAGAAAAGUAUCGAGUACAAAUGAAAAAUGAUGGUCUAAUAAUACGCCGGCUUCUCGUGUCCCAGCUUUCAACCUUGACUGCUUCCUUUCCUUUCCUUUCAUUUCAUCGCAUUUCUUCUUCUUCAGGUAGGAUCUCGUCAAAGAGGCAUGGUGGAGUUCAUUCCCGGCUUUGAAUAGUUAGCUCAACAAUUCUCUAUGCUACUUCUUGGAAAGCUCUUUAUCUUAUAGUGCAACUCUUGUUUGAACUUCUACUUGCUACUGGCUUGUUUGGUUGAGGAUUUUGUUGGAUUCUUCUUUUGCCAAUUUAUAUUCUUCAUCUGCAUUUGGAUCACACAUGUAGAACUGGUUACGGACUAGUUUUGAGGAUUAGAGUUCAUAAAUACAAUGAUGGGUUCGAUUCCAACUACUGUCUAUUACUGCUGUGUAUCCAAGGGUAAUCGGAUCCUCUAUGCAUAUAGCAGUGGAGAUCAUGAAAUUGAGAAUUUGGCUGCAUUGUGCUUGGAGAAGGCUCCUCCUUUCCAUAAAUGGUAUAUUGAGACCUCCGGUAAGAGGACUUACGGGUUUCUGAUUGAAGAUGGAUAUGUUUAUUUGAUCAUUGUUGAUGAGAGUCUUGGUACACCAGGGAUUCUUCAGUUUCUAGAGCACUUGAGAGAUGAGUUCAAGAAGAUAGCUAGGAAAGGUUCAAGGGGAAGUUUGUUGAGUAUGAACUCUAUUGGCAUUGAAGAACAGUUAGUUCCGAUUAUCCAUCGGCUGAUAACCUCCUUAGAAAACGUUUCUCAGGGUGGUAGUAAUUGGACUGCUGAACCUCACCCAUCACUUCAUGCCGGUCUUUCUCCAUCACCAGGUACUGUGAACGGAAAAAUUGAAGUUGCCAGUUCUACAAAGGCCCCUCUACUUGGGAAGUCUAACAAGCAAGAGAAGAAGAAGGCCAAAGAUCACACUAUUGCGAUGAGAGACAUUGAGAUGGAAGAACAUAGGAUAUCUGUUGAUAGAGGAAUCAAUCUAGAUUCAUCAACUUUGGAUUCUAAUAACCUCAGUGGAGCAGGUUCUUCAAUUGCCUUACAAAAGGAUUCGGGCUUAAUGAGGAGUAGAUCAGGCUCUCACGGCAUUCGAAAGAAGUGGUGCCGCCAAGUGCGAAUUGUCCUUGCUAUAGAUGCGGCUGUUUGCGUGGUACUGUUUGUGAUUUGGUUAUUGAUUUGUCGUGGCAUUGAGUGCAUCCGUUAAUUAUCCUGUCAUUUAAAUGAGCUUCUGAGAUCUAUCAGUUUCUGAACUGGCGCAAUCAUGACUUCAAAUUCUUGUAAGAGAGUAGGGGAGUGUGUGUGGGAGUCGAUAGGAGCAGAAAUAUGAGGAAGCACCAUCUUUUCAUAAUGAUAUUUUUACACCCUAUUUGGAGGUAUGUGAUAAAAUACGCAUUGUCUAGGAAUUUGUUGUACAGUUUUAUAGUUUAUUUGCCUAUGUAUAUUCAAGUUUAUGAAAUUUUAUGAACUUCUCUUCUGAGUUGAGAGUUCCAGACCUAAUUGCAAUCGCAUAGUAUAGUGUAUUUUUUGGAAUUUGGUCAUGUUAUGUCAUUUUAGUUUUGUGUAAUGCAUGUAACCAUCUUGCUGGAGUAUUGUUGUAAGGCGACAAAUUCAAUCUUAUUAUGUUUUUGUUCGGAUUAGAAAAAGAAAUUUAGUCAGCAUACGUAAUUGUAUCAGAGGUUGGCAAGGGUGCUAUAUUGGUCUGUU